AUGGUGAGCCCGGGAUCCAACAACCCGAUAGGGAUGAUGUACCAGCAGCAGUCGAUAAAUCCGACUCAAAUCAAGGACUUCCAAGAAGUGUAUGCGCGACUUGACGGCCCGGACGUACACGUACAGGUGGCCCAGGAAGAAGACGGCCUCACCACCUUCUACUUCAACGCCAGCGCCGAUACCGGGGGCUAUAUUUACCAAACGCACAGCGCUUCUGCCGCCGCUUCGAUACUGCACAUUGCACAAAACAAGGGGGUCGAGAUUGAGCAGCUACACGUCGACAUCCUGGCCGCAAAGGCAGGGGCCCAAAUUCAGUCGGCCAUGGGUGUCCCGGUCUAUGCCGGGGCGGACGCGGGGGUAUACCUCGUGGACGCUGAUGCUGGUGCUUUCCACGGCUCUCUUGGCCUUGCGGCGGACACUGAGAUAGGAUGCAAAGAUCAGUCCGUCGGGUGUAAGGUACUAGGUUGCGGUGUAAAGGUUGGGAGAGUUUGCGAGGUCUCCGUCUUUGGCAACAGUAUCGGCAUCGACUGGGGGAAGUUUGGGUUUCCGUAG